UAAUAAUUAUAAUAAAAAUUUGUUAUUAGUAUUUUCAAGAGGUAAAAAGUUAAUUAAAUGUAUUAAAUUGGUGUAAACAUGAUUGAAAAUAAUAAUCUUCCUCAAACUCAAAUUCUAUAACAGUCUUUAAAUAUUAUUCAAGAAGAUAAAUAAUAGAAUUUAUUUAAUAGGAUGCAUUAUGGAAUUUAAAAUAGAAUAAGUAUGUAAAAUCAACAAGGUGAAAUAUUAAAUACGCAUUAAACUAAAAAUGAUUAAUUCUACAAGAAUUAGUUAUAAAACUAGUUUUAAUGUAGCAAUAACUUCUCUGAGUAGAAUGUAAAUAAUUAAGUUAUCCAUAAAAACAAUAUCAAUAACAAUCAAACUAAUUAGGUAAACGAUAAAAUUAUUUAAGGUACUUUAAAUGAUUUAGGAUAAAACUCCUAUGAAAAAAGCCUUCAUAAUUAAUAAUUUGGAAAUGGAUAAGAAAGAAUAUAAAUCAUCAAUGGUGAAUAAAUGAAAGAUCCCAAAUUUUAAGAAAAUUUUCACAUCAGCAAACUAAAAAUAUAAAUGUAAUUAAAGCACAUUGAUACCGAUUAAAUUCAGACUUUAGGUAAUUUGGUUGCUAAUUAAGAAAAUUAGUAAUAAGUAGAACAGUAAUCAUUAUCAAAACUAAUUCAAAAUAAUUUAGGGAAUAAUAUCAUAGAUCCAUUAAAUUUAAAUAAAUAUGCCUCUUAGAAUACUUAAGCAAUAAGUGAUAUUUAGUUAAAUAGCACUAAUUAGAUAAAAAACUUUUAAAAUUAUGGUAAUAAUUAAAGUUACUUAUAAUCUGUUUAAGGUAAUAAUGUAGAAUGUUCAAAAGAUUAGUAUUGUUAUCAACGUGAUAGAUCUUGUAGCAAUUAAACAACUUUGUUAAAUAGAAAAUCAUCAAUAAAAGAAAAUUAAUUAAGUGGGUUUAGAAAAAAUUCAAAAAACAACCCUCAAAAAAAAAAUGAAGAAAAUGAAGUAAAGGUUAAUUAAUAUAAUUAGGCUCAAAUUUAAAUCUUAAAUGUCUAAGAUUAGUAGUAAGCUUAAGAAUUUCCAUAUAGAGUGAGCUUUUAAUCAAAUUAUUCUUCAGAGUAAUAACAAAUUUCUCCAAGAUCAUCUAAAAGAGAAACUAUAUCGUUUGUAAAUCAUAAGAAUUCUUCUUCAUCUUCUUAGUCAUCCAAUAAUUUAUUUGAGGUAGAGUAAUAUGGACCAUGUAAUGAGUAGAAUUGUAUAUUUUAAAAAUAGACAAUUGAGUAAAUACAUCACUAAAUCUAAAUCGAUUAUGAAUAAAGAAAUUUAAAGGAAUUUCAUUAGUCUGACUAUUAAAUUUAGUAAAAAUCGCUACUUGCAUAGUAGUCUAGCCUCAACCACUAGAACAAUUAUGAACUAAGAGAAGAGAUGAAAUUUACUAAAUAAAAUUUGAGUAUAAAUCAACAAUCGUGCAUGCCAACAUUAUAGAAUGAAUAAUUUAACAUCUAAUAAACGUAGCCUUAAAUCAUACAAAAAGAAUUAGUGUCAACCUAAUAGACUUAAUUGCUUGCCUCCAUACCAUUGGGUUUAGAAUAUUAAGAAAUCAAUGGGCUUGAAAAAAAGUUUUAGCAUUCAAGGAGUACGCCAUUUUACUAAGGAGAAUAAGAAGAUAAAAGUUUUGAUUAGCAGCCAUAAAGAAUGAGCAUUUUAGCAAAUGGAGCAUAGCCACUAAUAGCAUUAACUCAAUAUGAUUAAACAGCGAUAAAUACUUAUACAUAGUAAUAAUUAUCAUCUCCUUCAGUAGCAACAGUGAUGCCACAGAAUCAAAAUUUAGGUGUAUAUGAAAAUUAAAAAUUAAUAGAUAUUAGUAAAUAGGAUCUAUUAUAUAAUAAUAAUUAGGCUAAAUAAUAGCAAACAAAUAUUGGCUACUAAACUCAAAUGAAUUAUGAAUAAAGCAAAAUCUAAGAAGCAAAUAAUUAAAAUUCAACUCAUUUAGAUCACUAAAAAAAAAGAGAAGAAAGUACUAAACAAUAUUCAGCAGAUAAAUAUCGCCAUAGUAGGAAAAAACGCUCUUCAUCAUCUUCUUAGCACUCUGCUAAAAGAAGUAGAAGUCGUUCAAAAGAUAAGAAAAAAUACAACAAAGACUCAGGAAAAUAAUCUUCUAAAAAUUAAAAUCAUUAAAACUCUUCACAUCAUAAAACCUAUCCUAAACCUCCAACUAUAAAUGAAGAAUUAGGUGAUUGGAAAUGCUUUGAGUGUGGAAAUUGGAACUUUGCUAAAAGAGUAAAUUGUAAUAUAUGCUAGCAUGCGAAAGCUGACAAAAAAAAGAAUAGUAAUUAGGGAUCUUAAUCUUCUAAUCAUUAAGGAAAUAGUCAUCACAGUAAUAGUCAUCACCAUCAUUAAUCUUCACAGUCUCAUAUACAAUAAAAAAACCACCAAAUAAAUAAUCAUCAUUCUAGCUAAAAAGAAGAUAUCAAGCAUUCUUCUCAUAGUCAUCAUAAUUCUCAUCAUCAUUACCAUCAUGAUAGUAAAAAGUCUAGAAGAAGCAGAGAACGCUCGCAUGAUAAUCAAAGCUCUCAUGAUUUAAAUAGAGGGCAUCAUCAUCGUUCUUCAUACACAGAUUUAGCUUCUAUUGAUGAUAAUAAGCGCCAUGAUGUUGGGAAUCAUAAAAAUUAAAUGAAAACUAAUUACUCUAAUAAGCAUGAGGAUGAUUAUCACAAAAGAAAUAAUCACUAAUCUCAUCACUAAAACAGUAGUAUGUAUUAACACACAAAUAAUAAUAAUGUUCAUUAAAAUCAUUACAACCAUACUAAUUCUAGCCAUAAUUUAAGUAAUAAUAACUCACAUAUGAGUAAUCACCAUCACCAUCAUAGCAGUAGUCAUCAUCAUAGUAAUAAUAACCAUCAUCACCAUAAUACUAGCUAUAAUAAUUAUGGAACUAAUUAUCACAGUUAAAAAGGAGAUAGAUAAGAUGAUUAUUAAAACGAUUAUGAUAGAAAAAAAGAUCAUACCCAUAGUAGCAGAGACAAAAAGUAUGAUCACUCUUCUAAUUCAUAAAAUUAAAAUAACAAUCAUAGUAAUAAUUAUCAUAAUAGCCAUAAUAGUAAUUAUUAAAAUAAUGGACAUUAUAGAUAAUCAUCUUAAGAAAGGCACCAUAAUUCAAAUAGUCAUAAUUAUUCUAAUACUAAUAAUUAGCAUUAAAGUGGAGGUAAUUACCAUUAGGGUGGUAAUAAUCAUCACUAGAGUGGAAAUUAUCAUCACUAAAGUGGAGGUCAUCACCAUUAAAGUGGAAAUCACCAUCAUCAAACAGGAAAUCAUCACCAUUCUAGUGGAAAUCAUCAUCAUUCCAGUGGAAAUCAUCAUCAUUCCAGUGGUAAUCAUCAUCAUUCCAGUGGAAAUCAUCAUCAUUCUAGCGGAAACCAUCAUUAGAGCUAAAGUCACCAUCAUUCAAGUAGUAAUCAUCACCAUUCAAAUGGAAGCCAUCAUCAUUCCAGUGGACAUCAUCAUAAUUCAAGUGGACAUCAUCAUAAUUCAAGUGGAAAUCAUCAUCAUCAUCAUUCAAGCGGAAAUCAUCACCAUUCAAGUGGAAGUAAUCAUUAAAAUGGAAAUUAAUAUCAUUCAAGCAAUAAUCAUCACCAAAACAGCAAUAAUUAUCAUAGUUAAAGUAGCAACCAUCUUAAUCAUCAUUCAAGUAAUAACAGUCAUCACUCUAGUAACCACAAUCAUUAAAAUGAUAGUCAUCAUCAAUAAAAUAAUAAUCAACACCACUAAAGUAGCCAUCACCAAAACAAUUAAUUACAAAAUUAGCAAAAUAAUAAUUAAAAUAAUAAUCCUAAUUAUUUAAAUAACAAUAAUCACAAUUUAAGUGUUAGUAGUCAGCAAUAAAGUAGUAAUAAUCAGCUUAACAAUAGUAAUCAUUAAAAUUAAGCAAUGCAUCAUAAUUAGAAUAGUAACUAAGGAUAGAAUAUUGAUCAUUAUGGAAAUAAUCAUUUAAAUACAAAUUAGAUAAGCAGUAACAGAAAAGAUUAUGAGGAUUAGAGUUAUAAUCAUUAAUACAGCAACCAAAAUAAUGAUAACUAAGCUUAUACAAAUAAAAUUAUUUCUUAAUCUAAUCAAAACUCUGUAAAUAAUGUUAAUAGCAACAAUUAAUUUGAAUAUAAUUAGCUUUAACAACAAAAUUAAUAAAAUAUACAAUAGUAUAACUAAGCAAAUUCUGUUAGUAGCUAUCAAAUUAAUUAAGGAUAUUAAGAUUAAUAACUGCAAAGUCCUUAUCCGUAAUAAUAAUAAUAAUAGUAAUAAUAAUAUUAGUAGACUAACUAAAAUUUAGGUAAUUAAUCAUAAUACAACUAAAACUAACAGAAUUUGAAUCAUAGUGGUUAAAUUUAACAAUAAUAUCAGUCUUCCUAGCAACAAAAUUAAUAAUAUAUUAUGAAUAACUAAUAAAACUAACAAAACAAUCCUUAAGUAUAGUAAAAUAACUAAGUUCAAUAACCUUAAAAUUAUCCUUAUCAAAGUAAUUAAUAAAUCUUAGAAAAUAAAAAUGAAUUUUAUAAUAAUAGCUAUUAAGGAUUUUAAUAAAAAGUUAGUGAAAGUAGAGGACAUAGCCAACAUCAUAAUAGAAAUUCUUCUCCCUCAAUAAUUUAAUAACAAUAGCAAUAAUAAAACUUCUAAUAAUUGUCAGGAUUUUAACAAAAUGUGUAUGAAUAUGACAAACCAUACUAAUAAUUAGAAAAUAAAUCUUAGUAAGAGUAAUAUUUAUAAUAAAAGACUUGCAUUAAUGAGCAAAAUAAUUAAUAAUUUGUAGAUCAAUAGUAUAUUAAACAUUAAAAAGUUAGUGAAAAUAGACAAGAAAACUACACAUCUUCUUUUUCAAAUAAUAAUUAAAUUAAUGAGAAUAUUUAACCUUAAUAAAGAUAAAAUAUAUCAUAAACACCUAGUAGUGUGUAAAUUAAAUAAAACAAUUCAAUAUAGAACUCAACUGGCAAUUAAGCAAAUAGUAACAUCUCAAAUGAUAGAUCUUCAUAUUCUUAAUCUAAAAAAUCUCAUAACCAUAGUCAUAAAAGCGAAAAAAAAGACAGCUCUGAAAAUAGAUCAAAUCAAAAGAAACCAUUUUAAAAAAAGGAAGGGGACUGGGUUUGUCAUAAAUGCAAAAAUAUAAACUAUGCUCGUAGAGAUGAAUGUAAUCUUUGUAAGGAAAAGAAAAAAUGA